AUGUAAUAUUAGCUUAACAUUAUUGAUAUUGAUGGAUUUGAGAAUAAAUGGUAUUAUAAAUUGAGAAUUACAAACAAUUAAAAUAGUUGUUAUCGUGAUGUACGUGUACGAUUUUAAGAUUUGAAUCAAAUGCAUAGAAAUUUAUCAAAUGACAAUUAUAAUUCACAUGUAAAAAGAGAAUUUGUAUUUUUGUUUAUAGUUACCAUAAUUUCCUGAGAAAUCAUUUUUUAUUUCAUUGUUUUAGAAUAAUGAGAGUAGAGAAGAAUUAUUGGAAAACAAAGAGUCUAUUUAAAACUAUUUAUCAGGGAUCAACAAGUACAAAAAAUUGUUCUAAAUAUAAGGAAUCCACCAUAUAAAUAUGAAGCAAUAAAUUAUUUUGUGUAUAAUACAUAUGAUCCUAAGAGGAGUCAAUAAUUAAGAUUCUUGAGCAUAAAUAAAGAUGCAUUUUAUUAAAUCCACAUAAAAAAAUCUGUUAUAAAGAAGGGUAAAUUCAAUAAGGUAUUUCUUGUAAAGGGUGAAUAAUAAGAUAAAGUUGUACAUUAAUUCUUGAUGCCUUCAAAUGAUGCAGCAAAAAAAGAGUAUGAAAAUUACAAAAGGGCAUAAUUAUUAAUUACUGAUAAUACUUACAUAGUGAAAUGUUAUGAGAUAGGAUAAAUAAUAAAGAAGAAGCAAUUCUUUUAGAGGAAACAAAAAAAGACAAUUUAUAAUGCAUUAGAAAUAGGAUUAGACUCAUCUUAUGAUAUUAUAUAUGCAAUAGAAGAUUAUGCAUAAUAACCAAUAAAUAAAUUAAUAUAAAAGAGAUAAGAGAAAUAGGAUCAUUUUAAAUUAGAAACUAUUUCAGAGGCUCUUAUAACAUUGAUAAAUGUAGCAUAAUAUUUGCAAUUUUUGUAAAUAUUUUAGAAAUAAUUUUCUGUGACCAAUUUCUAUUAUGAUGAAAAAUUAGGAUUUAAAGUAGGAGGAUUUUCACCAUUAUAUACAUACAAAAAAAAAUAUAGAUUAAAAAAUGAUACUGAUACUAAUACAUAUAAGGCAUUGAAUCCACCAGAAUUAUGUGGAUCUGCUGGUGGUUAUACUAUUAAAAAUAAUUUGAAUUCUUAUAUUAAAACAGAUGUAUGGUAAAUUGGAAUUGUUAUUCUUUCAAUGGCAUCACUCACAUUACCAAUAGAUUUAAUAUGGAGUGAAGCUAUUGAUAAUAAAAUAAAAUUAGUACAAUAAAAACAUGGGUAUAAAUAUAAUAUAACUAGGGAAAAAUUAGCUUUUUUACUUAAGAAUAUGCUAUAACGAAAUCAAAAUGAUCGAUCUUCUAUUAAUGAUAUUAUUAUACCUGCUUAACAAUUAAUGCCUAUGAAUUUAAUCUAAUUUAAACCAAUUAAAUCAAUAGAACGAUUAUAGGUAUUAUUUAUCUAUUAAUGAUUAGAUAAUAUCCAUAUCUCAAUAGUAAUUAGAAGAUAUGGAUAAAUAAUUUAAAGAGAAAAAUAUAGAUAAAAAAUAUAUUGUACAUUUAACAAUUGAUAAAUAUAUUGUCCAAUAAAUGUUUCUAUUUAAUUUGGAAAGGAUUAAAAGAGAAUUUGUGAUACAAUUGCAUAUUAAUGUAUCUCCUUAAACUAUACCAGAUGAUUUAAUUGAUAAAAUGAUGUCAAGUUUAGUUGAGUAUUAACAUCUGUAAUUAUUGGUACUUAAUCUUAAGAAAUGUACAUUAUCUGAUUAAGCUUAAAGGAAUAUUAUUAAUUCGGCCUAAGAUAUUAAAAAACUCAAAUAAUUAACCUUGGAUAUAAGUGGAAAUUAAACAAUUCCUAUUCCACAAUCCAAAAUUAGAGUGGUUGUAUAUAACCAAUGA